AUGGAGCGGAGUGGCUGGGCCGCGCGGACUUUCCUGCUGGCGCUGUGGCUCGGGGCGACCCUGAGGGCGCGCGCGGCGGUGGGCUACUACCCGCGCUUCUCGCCCUUCUUCUUCCUGUGCACCCACCACGGCGAGCUGGAGGGGGACGGGGAGCAGGGCCAAGUGCUCAUUUCCCUGCACAUCGCCGGCCACCCCACCUACUACGUGCCGGGACAAGAAUACCACGUGACAAUUUCAACAAGCACCUUCUUUGAUGGCCUGCUGGUGACAGGACUGUACACAUCUACAAGUGUCCAGGCUUCCCAGAGCAUUGCGGGAUCCAGCGCUUUCGGAUUUGGGAUCAUGUCCGACCACCAGUUUGGUAACCAGUUCAUGUGCAGUGUGGUAGCCUCUCACGUGAGCCAUCUGCCCACUACCAACCUCAGCUUCGUCUGGAUCGCUCCACCUGCUGGCACAGGCUGUGUUAAUUUCAUGGCGACGGCAACACACAGGGGCCAAGUUAUUUUCAAAGAUGCGUUAGCCCAGCAGUUGUGUGAACAAGGAGCUCCCACAGAGGCCACUCUGCACCCUCAGCUAGCUGAAAUACAUAGUGACAGCAUUAUUCUGCGAGAUGACUUUGACUCUUACCAACAACUGGAAUUGAAUCCAAAUAUUUGGGUGGAGUGUAACAACUGUGAGAUUGGAGACCAGUGUGGGGCCAUUAUGCAUGGCAAUGCUGUCACCUUCUGUGAGCCAUAUGGUCCUAGAGAAUUGAUUACCACAGUCCUUAAUACAACAACAGCCUCUGUCCUCCAGUUUUCCAUUGGUUCCGGCUCAUGUCGCUUUAGUUAUUCAGACCCCAGCAUCAUCGUGUCGUAUGCAAAGAACCAUACCGCGGAUUGGAUUCAGCUUGAGAAAAUUAGAGCCCCUUCCAACAUCAGCACAAUCAUUCAUAUCCUCUACCUUCCUGAAGAUGCCAAAGGUGAGGUUGUCCAGUUUCAGUGGAAGCAGGAAGGCCUCCGUGUAGGCGAAGUGUAUGAAGCCUGCUGGGCCUUAGAUAAUAUCCUGGUCAUCAAUUCAGCUCACAGACAAGUUGUGUUGGAAGAUGGUCUCGACCCAGUGGACACAGGCAACUGGCUUUUCUUUCCAGGAGCUACAAUUAAGCAUAGCUGUCAAUCCGAUGGAAACUCCAUUUAUUUCCAUGGAAAUGAAGGCAGUGAGUUCAAUUUUGCCACCACCCGGGAUGUAGAUCUUUCUACUGAGGAUAUCCAAGAGCAAUGGUCAGAAGAAUUUGAGAGCCAGCCGACAGGGUGGGACAUCUUGGGAGCUGUCAUCGGUACAGAAUGUGGAACCAUCGAGUCUGGUUUAUCAUUGGUCUUCCUCACGGAUGGCGAGAGGAAAUUAUGCACUCCGUACAUGGACACUACCGGUUAUGGGAACCUGAGGUUUUACUUCGUUAUGGGAGGAAUCUGUGACCCUGGAGACUCUCAUGAGAAUGAUGUUAUCCUGUACGCGAAGAUUGAGGGGAGAAAAGAGCACAUCGCCUUGGAUACACUGUCUUACUCCUCAUAUAAGGUUCCAACUUUGGUUUCUCUGGUCAUCAAUCCCGAACUUCAGACGCCUGCUACCAAGUUUUGUCUCAGACAAAAGAAUCAUCAAGGAUAUAAUAGGAAUAUCUGGGCAAUAGACUUCUUCCAUGUCUUACCUGUUCUCCCGACGACGAUGUCUCACAUGGUACAGUUUUCCAUUAAUCUAGGCUGUGGGACGCAUCAACCCGGUAACAGUGUCAGCUUGGAAUUUUCUACCAACCAUGGGCGCUCCUGGUCCCUCCUUCACACCGAGUGUUUACCUGAGACCUGUGCCGGACCCCACCUCCCACACAGCACCGUUUACUCCUCUGAGAACUACAGUGGGUGGAACCGAAUAACGAUUCCCCUUCCUAACGCAGCACUCACCCGGGACACCAGGAUUCGCUGGAGACAAACGGGACCGAUCCUUGGAAACAUGUGGGCAAUUGAUAAUGUUUAUAUCGGCCCAUCAUGCCUCAAAUUCUGCUCUGGCCGAGGACAAUGCACGCGACACGGGUGCAAGUGUGACCCUGGAUUUUCUGGCCCCGCUUGUGAGAUGGCAUCCCAGACAUUCCCAAUGUUCAUUUCUGAAAGUUUUGGCAGUUCCAGGCUCUCCUCGUACCAUAACUUUUACUCUAUCCGUGGUGCUGAAGUCAGCUUUGGCUGCGGUGUCUUGGCCAGUGGGAAGGCCCUGGUUUUCAACAAAGACGGAAGGCGUCAGUUAAUUACAUCCUUUCUUGACAGCUCACAGUCCAGGUUUCUCCAAUUCACACUCAGGCUGGGGAGCAAGUCUGUCCUGAGCACAUGCAGAGCACCAGACCAGCCUGGCGAAGGAGUUCUAUUGCAUUAUUCCUACGAUAAUGGGAUUACCUGGAAACUCCUGGAACACUAUUCAUAUCUCAACUACCAUGAGCCCAGAAUAAUCUCCGUAGAAUUACCAGAUGAUGCAAGACAGUUUGGAAUUCAGUUCAGAUGGUGGCAACCAUAUUAUUCUUCCCAGGGAGAAGAUGUGUGGGCUAUUGAUGAGAUUAUCAUGACUUCUGUGCUUUUCAAUAGCAUUAGUCUGGACUUUACCAAUCUUGUGGACGUCACCCAGUCCCUGGGAUUCUACCUUGGAAAUGUUCAGCCAUACUGUGGCCAUGACUGGACCCUUUGUUUCACAGGAGAUUCUAAGCUAGCCUCAAGUAUGCGCUAUGUGGAAACGCAGUCGAUGCAGAUAGGAGCUCCCUAUAUGAUUCAGUUCAGUUUGGUGAUGGGAUGUGGUCAGAAGUACACACCGCAUAUGGACAACCAGGUGAAACUGGAGUAUUCAACCAACCAUGGCCUCACCUGGCACCUUGUUCAGGAAGAAUGCCUUCCAAGUAUGCCGAGUUGUCAGGAGUUUACCUCAGCAAGUGUCUACCACGCCAGUGAAUUCACACAGUGGAGAAGAGUCACGGUGCUCCUUCCCCAGAAAACUUGGUCAAGUGCCACCCGCUUCCGCUGGAGCCAGAGCUAUUACACAGCUCAAGAUGAGUGGGCAUUGGACAGCAUUUACAUUGGGCAGCAGUGUCCAAACAUGUGCAGUGGACAUGGCUGGUGCGACCACGGGACAUGCAGGUGUGACCAGGGGUACCAAGGCACCGAGUGCCAUCCCGAGGCUGCUCUCCCUUCCACGAUUAUGUCGGAUUUUGAGAACCAGAACGGCUGGGAGUCUGACUGGCAGGAAGUGAUUGGGGGAGAAAUUGUCAAACCAGAACAAGGAUGUGGGGUCAUCUCGUCGGGGUCAUCUCUGUAUUUCAGCAAGGCUGGCAAACGACAGCUGGUGAGCUGGGAUCUGGAUACUUCUUGGGUGGACUUUGUCCAGUUCUACAUCCAGAUAGGCGGAGAGAGUCCUGCAUGCAAUAAGCCCGACAGCCGAGAGGAGGGCAUCCUCCUUCAGUACAGCAACAAUGGGGGCAUCCAGUGGUACCUGCUGGCAGAAAUGUACUUCUCGGACUUCAGCAAACCCAGGUUCGUCUAUCUGGAACUCCCAGCUGCUGCCAAGACCCCUUGCACCAGGUUCCGCUGGUGGCAACCUGUGUUCUCAGGAGAAGACUAUGACCAGUGGGCCCUCGAUGACGUCAUCAUUCUCUCUGAGAAGCAGAAGCAGAUCAUCCCAGUUGUCAACCCAACUUUGCCCCAGAACUUUUAUGAGAAGCCAGCUUUUGAUUACCCUGUGAACCAAAUGAGUGUGUGGUUGAUGUUGGCCAAUGAAGGAAUGGCUACAAACGAGACCUUCUGCUCUCUCACGCCGUCAGCCAUGGUGUUUGGAAGAUCAGAUGGAGAUCGAUUUGCAGUAACUCGAGAUUUAACUCUGAAACCUGGAUACGUGCUACAGUUCAAGCUAAACAUAGGGUGUGCCAACCAAUUCAGCAACACUGCUCCAGUUCUUCUUCAAUACUCUCAUGACGCCGGUAUGUCCUGGUUCCUGGUGAAAGAAGGCUGUUACCCAGCUUCUGCAGGCAAAGGGUGUGAAGGAAACUCCAGAGAACUCAGUGAGCCCACAGUGUACCACACUGGGGACUUUGAAGAAUGGACGAGAAUCACCAUUGUUAUUCCAAGAUCUCUUGCAUCCAGCAAAACCAGGUUCCGAUGGAUUCAGGAAAGCAGCUCACAGAAAAACGUGCCUGCGUUUGGUCUGGACGGAGUGUACAUAUCCGAGCCUUGCCCCAGCUCCUGCAGUGGCCACGGAGACUGUGUUUCUGGCGUGUGUUUCUGCGACCUGGGAUAUACCGCCGCACAAGGAAGCUGUGUGUCCAGUAUCCCGAAUCACAGUGAGAUGUUCGACAGAUUUGAGGGGAAGCUCAGCCCCCUGUGGUACAAGAUAACUGGCGGCCAGGUUGGGACUGGCUGUGGAACACUUAACGAUGGCAAGUCUCUCUACUUCAGUGGCCCUGGCAAAAGGGAAGCGAGGACUGUCCCUCUGGACACCAGGAAUAUCCGACUUGUUCAAUUUUACAUACAAAUUGGAAGCAAAACCUCAGGUAUUACCUGCAUCAAACCAAGAGCAAGAAAUGAAGGGCUUGUUGUUCAGUAUUCAAAUGACAAUGGCAUUCUGUGGCAUUUGCUUCGAGAACUGGACUUCAUGUCAUUUCUGGAGCCACAGAUCAUUUCCAUUGACCUGCCACGGGAGGCCAAGACUCCUGCUACAGCAUUUCGGUGGUGGCAGCCUCAACAUGGAAAGCAUUCAGCCCAGUGGGCUUUGGAUGAUGUCCUUAUAGGAAUGAAUGACAGCUCUCAAACUGGGUUUCAAGACAAAUUUGAUGGCUCUCUGGAUUUGCAAGCCAACUGGUACCGAAUCCAGGGAGGCCAAGUGGAUAUUGACUGUCUCUCUAUGGAUACUGCUCUGAUAUUCAGUGAAAACAUAGGAAAACCACGUUAUGCUGAGACCUGGGAUUUCCACGUGUCCGCAUCGACCUUCCUGCAGUUUGACAUGAGCAUGGGCUGCAGCAAGCCUUUCAGCAGCUCGCACGGGGUGCAGCUGCAGCAUUCUCUGAACAACGGCCGGGACUGGCAGCUUGUCACCGAGGAGUGUGUGCCUCCGACCAUCGGCUGUGUGCACUACACAGAAAGUUCUGUUUACACCUCGGAACGAUUCCAGAAUUGGAAGCGGAUCACCGUCUACCUCCCACUCUCCACCAUUUCUCCCAGGACCCGGUUCAGAUGGAUCCAGGCCAACUAUACUGCGGGGGCUGAUUCCUGGGCGAUUGAUAAUGUUGUCCUGGCCUCGGGGUGUCCGUGGAUGUGCUCAGGACGAGGGAUUUGUGAUGCUGGACGCUGCGUGUGUGACCGGGGCUUUGGCGGGCCAUACUGUGUUCCUGUUCUUCCUCUGCCCUCCAUCCUUAAAGACGAUUUCAAUGGGAACUUACAUCCCGACCUGUGGCCAGAUGUCUAUGGAGCAGAGAGAGGGAAUCUAAAUGGUGAAACCAUCAAAUCUGGAACGUCCCUCAUUUUCAAAGGGGAAGGAAUAAGGAUGCUUAUGUCCAGAGAUCUAGACUGUACCAAUACUAUGUACGUCCAGUUUUCCCUGCGAUUUAUAGCCAAAGGUGCCCCAGAGAGGUCUCACUCUAUUUUGUUACAAUUCUCCAUCAAUGGAGGGAUCACUUGGCACCUCAUGGAUGAAUUUUACUUCCCUCAAACAACCAACAUACUUUUCAUUAAUGUUCCCUUGCCAUAUAUUGCCCAAACCAACGCCACAAGAUUCAGGCUCUGGCAGCCUUAUAAUAAUGGUAAGAAAGAAGAAAUCUGGAUCAUUGACGACUUCAUUAUCGAUGGGAAUAAUUUAAACAAUCCUGUGAUGCUUCUGGAUACCUUUGACUUUGGGCCCAGAGAAGACAAUUGGUUUUUUUAUCCUGGUGGUAACAUCGGUCUGUAUUGCCCAUACUCUUCGAAAGGAGCACCCGAGGAGGAUUCUGCCAUGGUGUUUGUUUCUAACGAAGUCGGCGAGCAUUCCAUCACUACCCGAGAUCUGAAUGUGAAUGAGAAUACCAUCAUACAAUUUGAGAUCAAUGUUGGGUGCUCCACGGACAGCUCGUCUGCUGAUCCAGUCAGACUGGAAUUUUCCAGGGACUUCGGGGCGACCUGGCACCUGCUGCUCCCCCUCUGCUACCACAGCAGUAGCCAUGUCAGCUCCUUGUGCUCCACGGAGCACCAUCCAAGCAGCGCCUAUUAUGCCGGCACCACCCAGGGCUGGCGGAGGGAGGUCGUGCACUUCGGGAAGCUGCACCUGUGUGGAUCUGUGCGUUUCAGAUGGUACCAGGGGCUUUACCUUGCUGGCUCUCAGCCUGUGACUUGGGCCAUUGAUAAUGUCUACAUUGGUCCCCAAUGUGAAGAGAUGUGUAAUGGCCACGGAAGCUGUAUCAAUGGGACCAAGUGUAUAUGCGAUCCUGGCUACUCCGGGCCCACCUGCAAAAUAAGCACAAAGAAUCCUGAUUUUCUCAAAGAUGAUUUCGAAGGCCAGCUCGAAUCUGACAGAUUCUUGUUAAUGAGUGGAGGGAAGCCGUCCCGCAAGUGUGGAAUCCUUUCCAGUGGAAACAACCUAUUUUUCAAUGAAGAUGGUUUGCGCAUGUUGAUGACACGCGACUUGGAUUUAUCACAAGCUAGAUUUGUGCAGUUCUUCAUGAGACUGGGAUGUGGUAAAGGUGCUCCAGACCCUAGAAGCCAACCUGUACUUCUACAAUACUCUCUCAAUGGCGGCCUUUCCUGGAGCCUCCUGCAAGAGUUCCUCUUCAGCAAUGCCAGCAACGUGGGCAGGUACAUUGCCCUGGAGGUACCACUGAAAGCCCGCUCUGGCUCGACUCGUCUCCGCUGGUGGCAACCAUCUGAAAAUGGGCACUUCUUCAGCCCUUGGGUUAUUGACCAGAUACUUAUCGGAGGAAAUAUUUCUGGGAACACAGUCUUGGAAGAUGAUUUUACAACACUGGAGAGUAGGAAGUGGCUGCUUCACCCUGGAGGUACCAAGAUGCCCGUGUGUGGCUCCACUGGCGACGCCCUGGUCUUCAUCGAAAAGGCCAGCACACGUUAUGUCGUCACCACGGAUAUUGCUGUGAAUGAGGAUUCAUUCCUGCAGAUUGAUUUCGCUGCCUCCUGCUCAGUCACAGACUCUUGUUAUGCUAUUGAGUUGGAAUACUCAGUGGAUCUGGGACUGUCAUGGCACCCAUUGGUGAGGGACUGUCUGCCUACCAACGUCGAAUGCAGCCGCUAUCACCUGCAGCGGAUCCUGGUGUCAGAUACUUUCAACAAGUGGACCAGAAUUACUCUGCCCCUCCCUCCUUAUACCAGGUCCCAAGCCACUCGUUUCCGCUGGCACCAACCAGCUCCUUUUGACAAGCAGCAGACGUGGGCGAUAGAUAAUGUCUACAUCGGGGAUGGAUGCAUCGACAUGUGCAGUGGCCAUGGGAGGUGCCUCCGAGGAAGCUGUGUCUGUGAUGAGAUGUGGGGGGGCCUCUACUGUGAUGAGCCUGAGACCUCCCUCCCCACCCAACUCAAAGACAACUUCAAUCGAGCUCCAUCCAACCAGAACUGGCUAACAGUGAAUGGCGGGAAAUUGAGUACUGUGUGUGGCGCUGUGGCUUCCGGAAUGGCGCUCCAUUUCAGUGGGGGCUGCAGCCGAUUGUUGGUCACAGUGGAUCUAAACCUCACAAAUGCUGAGUUCAUCCAGUUUUACUUCAUGUAUGGAUGCCUGAUCACACCAAACAACCGGAACCAAGGGGUUCUCUUAGAAUACUCUAUCAAUGGAGGCAUCACCUGGAACCUUCUCAUGGAAAUUUUCUAUGACCAAUACAGUAAACCUGGAUUUGUGAAUAUCCUUCUUCCUCCUGAUGCAAAAGAGAUCGCUACUCGCUUUCGCUGGUGGCAGCCAAGGCACGAGGGCCUGGACCAGAAUGACUGGGCCAUCGACAACGUGCUCAUCUCAGGCUCUGCGGACCAGCGGACCGUCAUGCUGGACACCUUCAGCAGUGCCCCAGUGCCCCAGCAUGAGCGCUCCCCCGCCGACGCCGGUCCAGUCGGGAGGAUCGCCUUUGACAUGUUCGUGGAGGACAAAACCGCAGUGAAUGAGCAUUGGCUAUUCCAUGAUGAUUGUACAGUAGAGCGAUUCUGUGAGUCCCCUGAUGGUGUCAUGCUUUGCGGCAGUCAUGAUGGCAGAGAAGUGUAUGCAGUGACCCAUGACCUGACUCCCACAGAAGGCUGGAUUUUGCAAUUCAAGAUUGCUGUUGGAUGUAAAGUGUCUGAAAAAAUCGCCCAGAAUCAAAUUCAUGUGCAGUAUUCUACGGACUUUGGUGUGAGCUGGAAUUAUCUGGUGCCCCAGUGCUUACCUGCUGACCCCAAAUGCUCUGGGAGUGUUUCUCAGCCAUCUGUAUUCUUUCCAACUAAAGAAUGGAAACGGAUCACCUACCCACUACCUGAAAGUUUAGUGGGAAAUCCAGUCAGGUUUCGGUUCUACCAGACGUACUCAGACAUGCAGUGGGCGAUCGAUAACUUCUACCUGGGCCCUGGAUGCCUGGACAACUGCAGAGGUCACGGAGACUGCUUAAAGGAACAAUGCAUCUGUGACCCAGGGUACUCUGGGCCCAACUGCUACUUGACGCACACCUUGAAGACGUUCCUGAAGGAACGCUUUGACAGUGAGGAGAUCAAGCCUGACCUGUGGAUGUCCUUAGAGGGAGGGAACGCGUGUACUGAGUGUGGCAUUCUUGCUGAGGACACCGCACUCUAUUUUGGGGGCUCCACUGUGAGACAAGCUGUCACUCAAGAUUUGGAUCUCAGAGGGGCAAAAUUCCUGCAAUACUGGGGACGCAUCGGUAGUGAGAACAACAUGACCUCUUGCCAUCGACCAAUCUGCCGGAAGGAAGGUGUGCUCUUGGACUAUUCCACUGAUGGAGGAAUUACAUGGACUCUGCUUCAUGAGAUGGAUUACCAGAAAUACAUUUCUGUUAGACACGACUACAUUCUCCUCCCGGAGGACGCUCUAACCAACACUACGAGGCUUCGCUGGUGGCAGCCUUUUGUGAUUAGCAAUGGCGUUGUGGUCUCCGGGGUUGAGCGUGCUCAGUGGGCGCUAGACAACAUUUUAAUCGGAGGAGCAGAGAUCAAUCCAAGUCAGCUGGUGGACACAUUCGAUGAUGAAGGCACUUCCCAUGAAGAAAAUUGGAGUUUUUACCCAAAUGCCGUCCGGACGGCCGGAUUCUGUGGCAAUCCAUCCUUCCACCUCUACUGGCCAAAUAAAAAGAAGGACAAGACUCACAAUGCUCUCUCCUCCCGAGAACUCAUUAUACAGCCAGGAUACAUGAUGCAAUUCAAAAUUGUGGUUGGCUGUGAAGCCACCUCCUGUGGUGACCUUCAUUCUGUGAUGCUGGAGUACACUAAGGAUGCCAGGUCCGAUUCCUGGCAGCUCGUUCAAACCCAGUGCCUGCCUUCUUCCUCCAACAGCAUCGGCUGCUCCCCCUUCCAGUUCCACGAAGCCACCAUCUACAACUCCAUCAACAGCUCCAGCUGGAGGAGAAUCACCCUCCAGCUGCCCGACCAUGUCUCCUCCAGUGCCACACAGUUCCGCUGGAUCCAGAAGGGAGAAGAGAUGGAGAAGCAGAGCUGGGCCAUCGACCACGUCUACAUCGGAGAGGCUUGCCCCAAGCUCUGCAGUGGACAUGGCUACUGUACCACCGGCGCCGUCUGCAUCUGCGAUGAAAGUUUCCAAGGUGAUGAUUGCUCCAUUUUCAGUCGUGAUCUUCCCAGCUAUAUUAAAGAUAAUUUUGAGUCAGCGAGGGUCACAGAGGCAAACUGGGAAACCAUUCAAGGCGGAGUGAUAGGAAGCGGCUGUGGGCAGCUGGCACCGUAUGCCCACGGUGACUCGCUCUAUUUUAAUGGCUGUCAGAUACGACAAGCUGCUACCAAGCCUCUGGAUCUCACUCGAGCAAGCAAAAUCAUGUUUGUUUUGCAAAUCGGGAGCACCUCCCAGACAGACAGCUGUAACAGCGACCUGAGUGGCCCCAACGCUGUGGACAAGGCUGUGCUGCUGCAGUACAGCGUCAACAACGGGGUCAGCUGGCACGUCAUCGCGCAGCACCAGCCCAAGGACUUCACCCAGGCCCAGAGAGUGUCCUACAACGUCCCCCUGGAGGCCCGGAUGAAAGGAGUCUUGCUGCGCUGGUGGCAGCCACGCCACAAUGGCACAGGUCAUGAUCAGUGGGCUUUGGACCAUGUGGAGGUCGUCCUAGUAAGCACUCGCAAACAAAAUUACAUGAUGAAUUUUUCACGGCAACAUGGGCUCAGGCACUUCUACGACCGAAGACGAAGGUCACUCAGACGACACCCAUGAAGAAGCAAAAGGUCGAUUUGCCCUUUCAACAUGUGAGGUGUCACUUUCCUUCUUUUGUUUAAUCUGGCGCUGCAUCUGGUAUCAGGAAGUCUCCGCGGAGGACUUGGUGACGAACAGAAAGCCCUUCUGGGGACAGAGUGAAGCCCACGUUCCCACACUGUGAACUCAUGACAAAUGACUUAUUUUCUCUGAAGCAAAUGUCUUCAUGUGUCCGUGAACAUUGUGACCUGUUGUAAUAGCAGUUACAGUGGCAGUAUUGAAAGUAAGAAAUAGUUUAACAGAAAAAAAAAAGUUUAAGCACAAAAAUGUUUAAGAUAUUUUAUGUUUUAAAUGGCAUUUAGUACAGUAUUUAACAUUCUUGGUCACAAAGCUAUUUAAGUGGACUGUAUUUUAGCUACAUAUCAUGUUUUCUAUUAUUAAAUUAUCAUUGUUCAUCCUUUAUAUAUUCUCUUCUACAAUAUAACACCUUGACACUGUAUUUACUUGUUAUGUUGCAAUAUUUUGCUGCUGAAUUUUGGGCAACUUAAACUCUGCCGAAAGUUAACUGAAGUCCUUACUCAACAAGAUAGGUGUGAAGACACUGUAUUCCCUUAAUAGACUCCUAAAGAUGUAUGUUGGUUUAGCGUUGUUUUGUGCAUAAGAAAAAAAUGCUUGACCUUGAAAUAUUUUCUACUUAAAAGUUGUGGAUAAAGCCCCUUAUUCCCAAAAGGAGUUCCCAUUUCCUUGUGGAAAGAUCCUUGUUUCUCAAGUGUUCCCUGGCUGGUUCCCUAACAGUAGCUGCCAUGUUGUGUCUGUGGUAACAAGAGUGGUUUGUAAAACAGUGGAUGUUCUCUCGUCGUGUUCUUCUUCUUCGGGGACUGUCUUUUCCUGCGGGUCAUCUCUCCAUACCUUCUGAUGAAGUUGUACCAACACCAGCAACAUGACAGUGGCCCUGCAGCCCUAACCCGACCAUUAACAUCGUGAAAAGGUGCACUCUAGGGUGGACCAAGCUACAAGCCCAUGCUUACAGUAAUUAAAAAGUAUCUCCAAAAGCCA